AUGCCUGUACAUCGAUUAAUUCCAGAAAAACGCAGCAAGGAUGAGAUGAUUUCUUGUUUGGUCCUCGAACAGUUCGUGAUCAAUGGCCACUGCAGUGACAGAUCCACUUUACAAGAGAAAUGGAAUGCAAGUGGCAGAAACCUGGAGAAGUUCAUGGAAGACCUGACAGACGAUGGCAUGAAGCAGCCUGGCUUCGGACAGGAAGCCCUCUUUUCUGAGAAUAUGCCCUUAAGAGAGGUCCUCGUUCAUUUCAGGAAGCACUUGGCGACAGCAACCCCAAGGGGAGAAAACACGAAGGCACCUCUCUGGACUCCUCGAGAUGCUUCCCUGGAAACAGGACAAGAAAGUGAAGGUAAAGAAUGUGGCGGCAACACUUCUCGGAAAACUUGUCCAGUCACUGAAAGUCUCACGUGGCAGGGCAGUCAGACGCCCUUCCUGCUCAUCAUCCCGGAAGAGACCUGCCCUGGGCUUGAAGAGGCAGGUGUUUCUCCGGAGAACCCACUCGGCUCCAGAACAGCAGAGCCAGGCCUCGCUGUGUCCCAGGAGGGGUCCCCGGAAGGACCGUUUGGUGGAGAUGUCCAUCUGGAGGCGGAACCAGGGUUUCUCUCCAGGCCAGACCAGGUCACGCUUGAGCCUGUUUCUGCCCACCCGAGCCUGGAAGGGAACCCUGCACGUGGGAAGAGCCCAGAAGGGCUCCCCGGAGCCCAGAAAGUCUUCCCAUGUGAGAAGUGUUCCCAGGUCUUCCGAUAUCUCUCUCGGUUGAAAGUCCAUCAGAGGAGACACAAUGAUGAGAGGCCAUUUGUUUGCGCCAAGUGCAAAAAAGGCUUCUUCCAGACAUCAGACCUACGUGUGCAUCAGAGGAUCCACACGAAGGAGAAGCCUUUCCGGUGCAGCACGUGUAAAAGGCCCUUCAGCCACAAAACCAACCUCCGGGCUCAUGAGAGAAUCCACACGGGAGAGAAGCCCUAUUUGUGUUCCCUUUGCCAGAGGCGCUACCGCCAGUCAUCCACCUACAACCGCCACCUGAAGAGUCACCAGAAGCUGGCCCUCAAAGGGCAGGGAAACUGCCUGUAG